AUUUGCUAUAAAAAGCCGAGGAAGGAAAUCUCUAUAGAACCAGAACCAAGAGAAGGAAGAAAAAGAAAAAUGGAAAAAUGCAGAGUGCUGGUUGUAGGGGGAACUGGGUAUCUAGGGAAGAGGUUGGUGAAGGCAAGUUUGGCUGAAGGUCAUGAGACGUACAUCCUAAACAGAGCAGAGAUAGGUGUUGAUAUUGAUAAAGUUCAAAUGCUUUUGUCAUUCAAGGAGCAAGGUGCUCACCUUGUUUCUGGUUCCUUUACCGAUCACCAGAGUCUUGUGAAGGCUAUCAAAUUAGUUGAUGUUGUUAUCUGUACAAUAUCUGGAGUUCACAUCCGAAGCCACCAAAUUCUCCUUCAACUUAAGCUUAUCGAUGCCAUCAAAGAAGCUGGUAAUGUAAAGAGAUUUUUGCCCUCUGAGUUUGGCACCGACCCUGCUAGAAUGGAGGAUGCAUUAGAACCUGGGAGAGUGACAUUUGAUGACAAAAUGAUUGUAAGGAAAGCCAUUGAAGAUGCUCAAAUACCUUUCACAUAUAUUUCCGCAAACUGUUUUGCUGGUUACUUUCUUGGUGGUUUGUGCCAGCCCGGUAAGAUCCUUCCUUCAAGAGAUUCAGUGGUAUUGUUGGGUGACGGAAAUAAAAAAGCAAUUUAUGUGGAGGAAGAUGAUAUAGCCAUGUACACCAUCAAAACUAUAGAUGACCCUCGAACUCUCAACAAGACAGUAUAUCUAAGGCCACCAAAAAACAUUCUAUCUCAAAGAGAAGUUGUUGAGAUUUGGGAGAAACUAAUUGGCAAAGAGUUGCAAAAGUCUUCCAUACCCAAGGAAGAGUUUCUAGCUUCCUUGAAAGGACUAGAGUACGCAGAGCAAGUUGGACUUAUACAUUACUAUCAUGUUUGUUACGAGGGGUGUCUUACAAAUUUCGAGAUAGGAAAUGAUGCAGUAGAAGCUUCUGAGCUUUAUCCAGAGAUCAAGUAUACUACGGUGGAAGAAUACAUGAAACGCUAUUUAUAAUUAAGUACACAUUGUUGUAGCAUAAUUAUAAGUGCUUAAUCUAUUUUAGGAUUGAUGGACUUUCAUCUAUCCUUCUCUCUCAUUUAUUGCUUAGAAAAAAAAAUAUAUAUAUAUUUGUCCUGUCAUGAUGAGGUGGACAUUUGCGGCAUUUGCCCCCUCAACUUAAAUAAGACCAAGUUGUUUUUCAAUA